AUAUCAGCGCCAUGUAAUGGAUCUUAAUUGAAGCAAUAAAAGGGCAACACGAUGAAGAGAUUGGCCUUUAAUUGCUCCCUUUUCGUUUCGAUGCCUCUUGGGUAAGUUGGCAUUAAAGGCAUGUACUUUAAUAAAAGAUUAACAUGGAUCAUAAAAAUGAAGAAAAAAAACUUCACAGCCUCAGAGUGGAGUGUGUGUGCGCGUGUGGCGGAGUAAGAGCUCAUUUCAUAUCCACGACCACAGACUUCUCACGCGGUCUGACCGGAGGAAACCUCAUCACCUUCCUCGCCCAUCACCACUGCAGCCAGUGAUGUCGUCUCUUCUGAGGGAGGAGAUGCAGAGAGUUUUAUUCCGACCUGAAAAACAGAGACUGGUGGAGUUCAUUGAGAUCGAGGAGCCGACGCACGGGAGACAUUUUCUCUGUGUCUCAGUUUCAAAAAACAAAGUGGUGCAGUUAUGUAUAGUGCGAUGUCAGAUAUCUCAGACGUCCCUCAAGUCUGGAACCAAGAAGUCCCACACCAAACGCUCCAGCAUCCAGGAGUGCUACAGGAGGACGGAGGUCUGGCCCCUGCAAGACCUGACUCUCGUUGACGGACGGGACCCUGAUGUGGACGACCCCUGCUUCCUGCUGCACUUCGACAAGGUGCGCACGGUGACGGCCGUCAGCUGCUCGGCCAAAUACUCUUUCGUGCGCGCCCUGGUCGUCCUCAGCGACCAGCACUGCCAGAUGUCCCUGAACCUGCGGAACUUUGACUGGGCCUACAUCAAGCCCACCUCCUUUUACUCCAACCGGGGAGACUGCGUCGUCCUCACGCAGAUAUGCUUCUACGCGUUCAACCUGGUGUGUCUCUCCAUGUGUCCCGUGCCCCUGGACGCAUGAUGGAAGGAACGGCGACGUGUCGUGCGUGUCGGUGCGUCAGCGCAAAAGAUGCGCGCGUUUAGAGAGUAUACAACUUGUGUUACAGGAGCUGUGAAGUGAGUGUAUGUGUAUGUGGCUUCUGGUAACACUACUAUGGCUUAUUCACCAUGACAUGUCAUCUUUUAAUGGCUGAAUGUAUUUUACAGCUUGGUAUUUGGUAACCGUGUAAUCUGCUUUUUGUCAUCUUUUCCGUGCACGUCAUUGAGA